UCUCAAAGCAUUCUCGAUAUCCUCGGCAACACCAUCUCUGCAUAUUUGCAAGCCCCCUCCAGUCCGGCAGAGUGUCCUCAACGACAGUCGCCGUUUCUGGAGCCCGGCUUGCUCGCGUGCUCUUCAACAGACACGCCACGCAUCCGGCACCAGCCUCGUCAACCAUUCAGCUUCGCUUCCCACCGCCACAGCUUUCCAAGAUGCAUGCCACAAAGCAACCUCUUGAUGACGACAUCUCGAUAGCUGUUCUCCUCAAUUCAUAUCGCUCUCGGUUCCUGCCCGCUAUUCGUGCCUCAUAUGGCCGCACGAUUGGUGCAGUCGCUCCAAAUGCCAGGCUUGCCUUCUUUGAGCCCGCCAAUCGUCCGGGAGACUUUCCAGAUCCAGAAUGCUUUGAUCUGAUAGUAAUCGGCGGCAGCAAUGUUGAUCCGCGCAAGUCCCACCCAUGGAUCCUGGAGAUACAUGCAUUUGUGCGUCGUCUCCGUCUGGAGCACCCGAGCAAGAAAUUGCUUGGCAUUUGUUGGGGUCAUCAGACCAUUGCAAGAGUCUUCGGGGGUGAAAUAGUCGAUGCAGCCCCUCCCGAGAUGGGUGUCGCCACUGUCAACCUAACAGGGUUGGGGAGCCAAUUUUUCCUUGAAUCUGCUGUGCUGGGUUCCUUCAGAUUACAGCAGCAUCACCGUCGUGAGGUUUCGAAGGCUGCGCCAGGUUUUGUCCAAUUAGCACAUGGGAAUCAGUGUCUACUUAACGACGACAAUACGAUCCUCUCCUUUCAAGGCCAUCCGGAGAAGGAUGCCGAGACGGCUAAACUGAGGAUGCACGACUCCUUGAGAUGGUUUGGCUUCGAUUCGCUAGACGAGAAAGCAUGGGCGAAGCUACAGGAGCUUAUGGACCUCGAGCACGACGGCGAAAUGGUGUGGCGCAGGAUACUGGCGUGGGUGCAAGAGCCUGAAGGAAUGCCGACGCUUGUCUCAAGUGGACGGCAACUCAAGAUAUAAGGCUGUGUGUAAUAUUGUUGUCGAACCAUACUGUAGGAUUUGUAGAACACUGAUAUGGGGAACCACCAGCUCAUGGGGCUGGACGGGCUGGGUGAGCACAAGAUGCUGAGACUACUUGAGCACUUAAUCAAACAAGUUUGUUCGCAAUCUGGCAGGUUCUUUAGCAUGGCCAAAUGGCCAACUAAUAACCCAAAGAGAACAGCACGAACGGGAC